AUGAUGAAGUUAGCGAUUAUAAACUUAACUUUGAAGAUUAUCGUGGAAAAAACAACAAAGAUUGCAGUUGAGCCAACUGGCUACUUUUACGAAGAGCACCCGGACUUUUUUCAAAAGUGUGAGGUCAAAAAUCACAUCGACGUCAUGCGGACGUAUAUGACACUGUCUGUGCCCAUGUCUACGUUGGCGAUCUAA